AUUUUCUUGCUCUCGUUUAUUCUAAUAUUAUCGCCAAUACAAAAAGGGAGCUGCGUCGUUUACAUGGCGGAGACAACCGAUUGCACAAGGCUUACUCUUCCCGCCCAGUAAAAGGCCCAACUCCGAGCUUUCCAAACAACGCAAAUUAUGGGAAAUAAGAAGGUGUAGCAAACUAGUAUGCCAUCUUAAUUCUUAACAAAAAAGAAAAGGAUAACAGGCUUGAGUUAGUGGCAAUAAUCUCCGAAACUCCAUUUCAAGUUCUUAUUUGAGCAACUCGGUUGAUUUGGUUUACAAAAAGGAGAGUCUCCGAAUGUCUCUUCGGAAACCCCCACUUCCUCGUAUGCUCCUUGACAAUGUCUCAUGCAUGAGAAAUGCUCAACAAAUCUUGCGACAUGUAAAUGUCUCCAUCCAUGACGGCGGGGCACUUGUUCUGACAGGCAGCAACGGCUCAGGCAAGACCACUUUCUUACGAAUGCUAGCUGGAUUCUCUAAGCCUUCUGCUGGUCAGAUCCUUUGGAACGGUCACGAUGUGACGGAAUCUGGAGUAUUCCACCAGUAUAAGCUCCAGCUCAACUGGCUUUCCCUGAAAGAUGCCAUCAAAGAAAAGUUUACUGUCCUCGACAAUGUACAGUGGUUCGAGAUUCUCGAGGGCAAGCAAGGGAAUUCCAUGCGGGCUCUUGAGCUGAUGGGACUUGGAAGAUUGGCAAAAGACAAGGCAAGAAUGCUGUCAAUGGGCCAGCGGAAGAGGCUGCAGCUGGCAAGGUUGCUGGCAAUUGAUCGACCCAUCUGGUUGCUGGAUGAGCCUUCUGUUGCAUUGGAUGACGAAGGGGUGAGGUUGCUGGAGUACAUCAUUGCAGAGCACAGAAAGAAGGGAGGCAUUGUAUUUGUUGCAACGCAUCUACCAAUUGAGAUUGAGGAUGCCAUGUAUUUGAGACUACCACCUAGGUUCCCUAGAAGAAUGACUUUGGUUGACAUGCUUGAUCGUGCAGACAUCUCAUGAAACAAGCAGUUGCAGAUAAGGGUUUGUGUGGUCCCUGCAAGUUACACUCAGUGUCAAGUUGUCCUUGCUCAACUGGUUAAGCCCUGCCAUGAGUUAUUUUCUUAGACUGUCUGACCUCGUUUCAUGUCAAGCCAGAACAACAAAAUAAUUCAAGUAUGGAUGAAAUGGAUUAUGUAAUCCAUUCUUGAUGAAUUUAUUUAUUAUUAUUACAGUUUUCUAUAAAUAUUUUUAUUUUA